AUGGGCUCCAAGUCGGAGUUCGACACUUCUGAUGGCACGCACACGGCCUUCUUCUACGGUACCUUGAUGGCUGCUGAGGUGUUCUUCACCGUCUGCUACCGCAACUCAACCACGGACACCAAGCUCCUGAAGUCGUUGCACAACUUCCACCCGGCGCUGCUGCACGGCUACUGCCGCCGGCGAGUCAAGGCGGCCGACUACCCGGGCAUAACACCCGACGCCGCUCAUGAGGUGCGCGGCAUGCUUGUCACGGGGCUCACGGAUGCCAACAUGUGGCACCUCGACGUCUUCGAGGGCGACGAGUACACGCGCGAGAAGGUCAAGGUGCGCCUCCUGUCCAAGGUGGGUGACGACCAGGGUGCCGGCAACAUCGAGGGCCAGGAGGUGGAGACCGAGGUCUACGUCUUCAAGUAUCCGGCCCACCUGGAGGAUCGCGAGUGGGACUUCCACGAGUUCCGGACGCAGAAGAUGAAGAACUGGACUAGGGAAGAUUACGGAUUCGAGGAUGCGGAUCACUUUGCUCCAACAGAGGUGGACGACGAGGACAAAGGUGCUGCCGUUUGA